AUGCAAUCAAUUUUUAUACUGGUAAUUGUCGCGCUGCUAGUGGGAGACGCAUGUAUGUCCAGUGCUACCUACAUCGUUUACCCACCGGAGUAUGACAUUUCCAACCAGCAGUUUGCUAAAUUCAGCUCCUGCAUCGCCCCGACAUUCGAUUCAAAUGCUCCUGAGAGUGAGUACGAUCCGGUUUGUGCAACUGAUGGGUACUCCUACUACAAUAAGUACUCGAUGAAGUGCCUGGCAAUGGCUGUUCCGACGGUGAGAUUCUCCUUUUACGGCCGAUGCCCGAACGAGCCGCUUUUCCUGCCGAUGGAAUCGGUUCGCGAUUGGUGGACUGUUCCGGAGAAAACACGCUUCGCGGUGAAGAACUGUAUCGGCCGUUGUCCGAAACUGUUCGACCCGGUCUGCGGCACCGACAACAAAACCUACAGCAGUGAGUGCGCACUAACCUGUGUAACGAACAAAAUAUCGCACAUUACAAAGGCCUACACCGGAUUCUGCAAACAGGACAUGACAGUGGAGAACAAGUGUCCCCCGAUACUGCAACCGGUCUGCGGAACGGAUGGUGUAACCUAUUUGAAUAUGUGCCACCUACGCUAUGGUUCCGACAAAGUGCCGAAUCUCGAGAUGGCUCACAUCGGUGACUGCAUUCGACGGUUGGAAGCUAUUCAAAAAGGUUUUGAUCUGAAUAGUAAAUUAGCCGAUAAGAGUUCCUCCGGUUGCGGAGGAGGUUGUGGGUGUGGGGGUUGUUGA